AUGGAGGAGAACCGGCUAUGCGUUUUGAACUGGGCCUGUCCUUCGCCCCGAGAGGACUGCCGGCCCAUUUGGGGUGAAAGACAGCCCACUCUGCUUGCUUGUGGCCUGGACUUCCUUCCUCAGCUGAGUCCUCUGGAGUGCCUCUGUGAACUUCUGAAGAUUCAUCGGUGCUUCCUAGUGGAUCUGAAGAAUGCUUUGUCUUUUACCAACUCCCAGAACUUGUAUCAGGUGUUCAUCAAGUACAAAGAAAAGUUCUUGCUGUAUGGACGGUACUGCAGCCAGGUGGAAGCAGCCUCAAAGCACCUCGACCAGGUGACCAGUGCCAGUGUGGACGUGCGCAUGAAGCUGGAGGAAUGUUCCCAGCGAGCCAACAACGGCCGCUUCAGCCUGCGUGACCUGCUCAUGGUACCUAUGCAGAGGGUGCUGAAAUACCACUUGCUGCUGCAGGAGCUGAUCAAAUACACGACGGAGCCAAUUGAGAAAGAGAACCUCCGGCAAGCACUGGACGACAUGCGGGAUUUGGCUCAGUGUGUGAACGAAGUCAAGAGAGACAACGAAACACUGAAACAGAUCACGAAUUUCCAGCUGUCCAUAGAGAAUUUGACCCAGUCCUUGGCUCACUUUGGGAAGCCGAAAAUCGACGGAGAGAUCAAGGUCGUGGGUGGAGAAAAGCGCUCCAAGAUGGAGAGGUAUGCUUUCCUCCUGGAUAAGGCUCUCUUAAUCUGCAAGCGGAAAGGAGAUUCGUUUGAAAUGAAGAAAUUUGUUGACCUGCACAACUUCCAAGUCCGGGAUGACCCUUCUGGUGAGAAAGACAACAAGAAGUGGAGUCAUAUGUUUGUUCUUGUGGAUUCUUACGGUCCUUCGGGCUAUGAACUAUACUUCAAGACACGGGAGCUGAAGAAGAAGUGGCUGGAACAGUUUGAAAUGGCCCUUUCAAAUAUCUACCCUGAAAAUGCCACUGCCAACGGACAUGAAUUCCAGAUGCACUCCUUUGAGGAGACCGCCACCUGCAAGGCUUGUCAGAUGCUGCUCAGGGGCACUUUCUACCAGGGCUAUCGCUGCAGCAAAUGUAGGUCAGCGGCACACAAGGAAUGUCUCGAUCGGGUGUCGCCCUGUGGAAAAGUCAGCUCAGAGACUGGGUCUACAAAAAAGAAUAAAUACAACCGGCAAACACAGGACAGAAAAAAACAUGAACUGGGGCUGCCCAAACUAGAGGCCUGCCAAGCGUAUAAUGGUGUACCUCCCCCACCCAUGGCAUUUGGCCCGCCGCUGAAGCUCAGCAUAGGAGAUAUCGUGGAAGUAACCAGAGCUGAGGCAGAGCAGCUGUGGUGGCAGGGCAGGAACAUGUCCAGCAAUGAUUUGGGCUGGUUUCCUUGCAAGAAAGUGAAGCCGUAUGUCUGUAUUCCUCCUCCAGAUCUGUCCAUCUUCCUCUGGUAUGCCGGGCUCAUCCAUAGAGGAGAAACAGAACAGAUCCUGGCCAACCGCUCAGACGGGACGUUCCUGGUGCGACAGAGAUUCGAUGGAGAUGAAUUUGUCAUCAGCAUCAAGUUCAACAAUGAAGUCAAGCAUAUCAAAAUCCUGACAUCAGAAGGUUUGUAUCGCAUCACGGACAAGAAGGCCUUUAAAGGACUGCCGGAGCUGGUGGAGUUCUACCAGCAGAAUUCCCUGAAGGAUUGCUUCAAGAAUCUUGACACAGUGCUGCAGUUCUCUUUCCAAGAGCCGGAGAGCAGAACGGUAUCCAAGCCGGCAGGGAGAAGCUUGAAGUACUUUGGUUCCGCCAAGGCUCGCUACAAUUACAGUGCACGAGAUCGUACUGAGUUGUCCCUCAAAGAAGGAGAUAUCCUCAAGAUUCUGAACAAGAAAGGGCAUCCCGGAUGGUGGAAGGGAGAGAUCUACGGCCGGGUUGGCUGGUUCCCAGAAAAUUAUGUGGAGGAGGAUUAUUCAGAGUACUGUUGAAGACAUUGCCUGCAUUGAAAAGUGCAAUGCCUCCUGCAACAGCCAACAUAACCUCUUUACUUCCAGGAGCUAUUUUUGUGCAGAAACUACUGUUAUUUAUGAAUUCAGGCCCCGCUCUGCCUCUUGUUUUCUCUUAUUCUUUGUGUCAAAUAAAUGAAGUGGGAUUAGACAUGGCUGUGAAUACAUCUCUGUCCAUUCCAAACCGCCUAGCCAUGGAGGUCCAAAUUAUUGAAAAAUCUCCAUAAAAAUUCUUCACAGUUGCUCAUAGUUGGUGGGUCCAGGGCUACUUCCAUACCAGGGUGAUUUUACAUGCGGGUUUGGUUGCUGAUGUGAUUCUGCAUGAAAUUGUAAUUGCAACAAAGAGUUGCUGCAGCUCAGGGUAAUCUUUUUUCUUUCUAUUUUCAGUCUUAUGUGCAUUUCCCUUAUGUGCAUUGAAGCACCCCUGUGUUCUCACAUGACCCUGUUCUAAGAUUUUUUUUGAGCACCAGAGGUAAUAGAGUGCUGAAUAGAAAAACCACAACACCUUCUAAUUUUGUUAAAAACAACAACAACAACCUCUGUGUAUUUGCAGACACCUCUGAGGAUCUCUUCCCCCUUCCCGAAAGGGCAGGCUAAACUGUGGGUGAUUAAAACACACACACACACCACCGCAGCAUGAACAAUGCUGGACAGGAGUAGCACAAUACUUAUAAUAACCUUUACUUGUAUUUGCAAAGCCCCCAAAUAUAGCCUCCCCUGUGUCUAAAAUGCAGGUGACUGUCUUCUGUUGCGUUAAUUGUUGCCAGGGACUUUGCUGUCAUCAACAAAUUUUUAAAAAGUAAUUGAUUAGAACUUCACUAAUCUUGUUGGCUAUCUGCAAUUGAAGUGUUUCCCCUUCUGGCACAAAAACUGGAAAGGAAAUACUGUUUCUUUACAGGUUCAAAUAAAGCAGAUUUUGUGCAUGUAUAAUGAAUGGACUGUUAACAGUGUAUGCAGAAAUAUAGGUUGGCAUAAUGUUGAAACAUGGGGGAAAAUGUCCCAGUUGAUGGCUGAAACAUGGGAAAUCCUUGGUGUGGAAGUAGCUGAAUAUGUUCUUGGAACAUGGACACUUCAAUGCACUAUCUACUGUGUGAAUUGUCUGGGCUCAUUGUAGGCACUUGCAGAUGCAACCCUAGUAGGGACUUACUUUGCUCUGAAGUAGCACUCCAACACAACCUCCCAAAUCUCCAUAAGCCUAUUUUUACUUCCAUCUCAAUUGGCAAUGAGGAAGGAGUUUGCAUGCUGGUAGGGAGUCUGAUAGAAUCUACCACUCCCAAAGAACUUGGUAGACCAGACUGCUCUCUACUAGGUGGCAGGAAGCUGCAUAACCAAUAAGGUCAUCAAUUCUGGGUUGGGAAAUUCCUGAGACUUGUGGGUGAAGUCUGGAACCUGGAACUUGCCUUUGAAUCCUGUGUGGUGCAUUCUCCCAUAGCACAUGCCAUAAUUCUGGCAUUGGGAAGCAACAAAGAAGAGUUUGGAUUUAUACCCCACCUUUC